AACCUCUAUAUAUGAAAGUGAAGCAGCCAUAGACAAAGCACUACUUUCCUAGCUCAAACCAAACUCAUCUCUCUUCUUUGAUUUUGUUGAGAAUGGCAGGAUCUUCAAUCAAACCCACUCCCCUUUUGAAAGAUGAGUUAGACAUAGUAAUACCCACCAUCAGAAAUCUUGAUUUCUUGGAGAUGUGGAGGCCAUUCUUUGAGCAAUAUCACUUGAUCAUUGUUCAAGAUGGUGACCCAUCAAAGAUUAUCAAGGUUCCUGAAGGCUUUGACUAUGAACUCUAUAAUAGGAAUGAUAUUAAUAGGAUCUUGGGUCCAAAAGCUUCUUGCAUUUCUUUCAAAGACUCUGCUUGUAGGUGCUUUGGUUAUAUGGUGUCCAAGAAGAAGUAUAUUUAUACUAUUGAUGAUGAUUGCUUUGUUGCCAAAGAUCCAUCCAACAAAGAGAUCAAUGCUCUUGAGCAGCACAUCAAAAACCUUCUAAGUCCGUCGACUCCGUAUUUUUUCAAUACACUUUAUGAUCCAUACAGAGAAGGAGCAGACUUUGUUCGUGGAUACCCUUUCAGUCUCCGAGGAGGUGUUCCUACUGCUGUAUCUCACGGCCUCUGGCUUAACAUUCCUGAUUAUGAUGCUCCCACCCAGCUUGUGAAGCCUCUUGAGAAAAAUACGAGGUAUGUUGAUAUGGUUCUGACAAUACCCAAAGGAACCUUGUUUCCGAUGUGUGGCAUGAACUUGGCAUUCGACCGCGAGUUGAUCGGACCUGCAAUGUACUUUGGUCUCAUGGGCGACGGUCAGCCAAUUGGUCGAUACGAUGAUAUGUGGGCUGGCUGGUGCAUGAAGGUGAUAUGCGACCACAUGGGAUGGGGAGUUAAGACGGGUCUGCCGUACAUAUGGCACAGUAAAGCAAGCAACCCAUUUGUGAACCUGAAAAAGGAGUACAAGGGGAUAUUCUGGCAGGAAGAACUAAUCCCAUUCUUCCAAGCUGUAGUGAUUCCAAAGGAAUGCACCACUGUUCAACAAUGCUAUAUUGAAAUUGCCAAGCAAGUGAGGGAGAAGCUCAGCAACACCGAUCCCUACUUCGUCAAAUUAGCAGAUGCAAUGGUCACUUGGAUUGAGGCCUGGGAUGAACUCAACUCUGCUGAAGCUAAGCCUGCUGCUGAAAAAGUAGCCAAUGGCACUGCAAAGUAGAGAAUUCGAGUUCCAGUUAUUUAUGUAACCUAUGUUUUUUAGUACUUAAAUUCGUUAGUCCAUAGUUAUCUAUAGCUUCAUUAUUUAUAUUUCUAUCAUUACUAUUCUUAUUUACUUAUUAUAAUAUAUGAGAUCAUUUCUAAUA